UUCCAGGAAAUAAUAAGGAUUUGUUUUGGUUUCGCACCGGGACACAGGAACACUCUAUGGACUAAACAUUGUUUGUUUUAAAUAUUAUCGCGACUUUGCGACUUUCCCUGCUCAGAAAACACACCUGACGACGUCUGGCUCCGGUUCCCUCAGAGGUUUUCUCAAACUUUCCAGUUUCCAUGGCGCCACCUAAAAAGAAUGUGCUUCCUAAGCCUCUCCCAGAGGGAUUCAUACUGACAGACACUGAGAAAAAGAAAUGGAGGCUGGGGAAGAUCAUCGGGCAGGGCGGCUUUGGACUGAUUUAUCUUGCCUCCCGGGGUGUUGACAGACCUGCCGCAGCAGACACUGACUUUGUCAUAAAACUGGAGUACCAGGAGAAUGGUCCCCUGUUCUUGGAGCUCAAGUUCUACCAAAGGGCAGCCAAAGCAGAGAGCAUGGAAAAAUGGAUGCGCAGCAGGAAAUUGGACUUCCUGGGUAUCCCGACCUACUGGGGAUCAGGACUGGCUGAACAUAAUAACCUCAGUUAUCGCUUCAUGGCCAUGGACCGACUCGGCACUGACCUCCAGAAAGUCUGCGAUCGCAAUGCAGGUCGACUGAAAAAGGCCACCGUGCUCCAGCUUGGUCGAGGACUGGUGGAUGUACUGGAGUAUAUCCAUGAGAACGAGUACGUCCAUGCAGACAUUAAAGCUGCCAACCUCAUGCAGAGUUACAGAGACCCUGAUAAGAUCUACCUUGCAGACUAUGGGCUGUCCUGCAGAUACUCUCCUGAAGGAGUCCACAAAGAAUACAAGGAAAACCCCAAGAAGGGCCACAAUGGAACCAUUGAGUACACAAGCCUUGAUGCCCACAAUGGGACUGCCCCAUCUAGACGAGGUGACCUCCAGAUUUUGGGUUUUUGUCUUCUUCACUGGUUGUGUGGGUCUCUGCCCUGGGACAGCAUUCUCAAGAAGGCAGCUCAGGUCCAGGAGGCUAAGACCAGACUGAUGGAUAAUCUGCCACACUCAGUCCAGCAGCUGUCAGUGAGCAGAGCCAGCACAGAUGAGGUGGCUGCAUUCCUCCUUUAUGUUAAAACUCUGGGCUACCAGGAUCAACCAGACUACCAGCAUGCCAAAGACCUGUUGGCCAGUGCUGUCAGGGGAAGACUUGACUUCUCCAUGCCUGAAGGUCCAGCAACGGCAUCAUCCACAAGGGUCGUAGAUCCUGGCACCAGGGAAAAGCAGAAAGCAGGACGAUCCAGAGGAGCCUCCAAAGCCAAGCCCGUGGUUACAGGGAUGGAUGAAGAGGAACAGGAGGGAAUGAAGUCCAAACCAGUGCCGGCUCAAUACAGAAGAGGACCAGUCGUCUCUAAAACUCAGUCACAGAAGGACGAGGUUUUGCCUGCUGUCAGAAGAUCACUGAGGCCAAGGACUGAACCUGUAAACACUUAUAAAGAUGAUAGUGAAGAUGAGGAUGAAGAGGAUGAAGAGGUUUCCAGACCCAGACCCAUUCCUGCAUGCUAUCUCCGAGGCCCUCCCAUAGGCCCCAGAACUCAGUCUAAAAAGAACACUGAACUCAAAAGGACCUCCAGGAAAGGAGACAGCCCGACUGUGACCUCGGCGAGACGGGAGCGAGGAGUCCACUCCCAAAUGAAACAACCCAUAUUCCCUGGCUGUGACAUGAUAACAUCUCCUGCUGCCGGGCACAUUAGGAAACGUGACCAUACGAUCUUGUCCACAGAGUUUAGAUGUUCUGUGCUACAUCACAGUCACGGAUAUCGGGGACUAGCUGCCGCCCCUACUUGGCCAUGAUGGAAACAGCAUGACAGUCAGAUGUCCUGCUGGGAAGACUGAUGAGAGCAUCCCAUUUACAACUCCACAGCCAAGUGAUCUGCUUCCACACAGUGCACACCACGCUCAUUUGUGCUUGCAUGUGUGUGCAUGUUGUUGAAUUUGUGUGUGUGUUGAAAAAUGAUUCAUGACCACCGACAUCAACAGAUCUUUAACUAUAACUCAAUAACUAAAUAUGAAGAAUUCUUAUUGUUUUGCCAAUAGCAGAUAGUUGUGUGUGAUGACAUGCACAGCACAUAUAUAACUUUUUAUUCAUUGACCAGGUUUACAGCAUAAACUGUUCUGAUUGGGACAUUAUAAUUACUUACUGGAUGUACCUGUACAGCUGUUUAAGUCCCAAUACAUUUGUGUUUGCAUUGAAAUAAUAUAAAAAACAAUAAUACACACUGAAAACCUUUCACUCCCUCAGCCAAGGCCUGGUUGGCCCCACAUAGCCUGUCAGAGAUCUUAAUAUCAGUUUGCAAAUUACAUUAAUAUAAUCCUUAAAUUUGCACCCAGGGAUUGGCCUGUGCUUUUUGCUAUCUACAUGCUUCCCUUGGAGACAUUGUUUGGAAACAUGGUGACACUUUUCACUGUUGCACUGACAUGACUGUAUUAUACCUGUAAAGCCCACUGAUCUUUCCAAACGCCUAAAUUAAAAAAUGUCUAUCAAAAAUGAAACAUAUUGAUAAGCAUGGAUUUUCUGCAGUAAAAUGCUGAUAAAUCAAAUUUAUUAUUUUUUAGACCAGCCAAUAUGGGUAAUUAUUUAAGAAUUUGAGUGCUUUGAGAGCUCACCUAUCAAAGACAGUGGAGUGACUUUUGAUUCCUCUCAGAAAUUCCAGUCUUUUAUCAAGAGGAUCAUUAAUACUGUACAGCAUGGUUAUUUGGCUACAAUCUGUCUUGUUCUGUCAUUGUGAUGACGAAACCAUAAUGUGUUUAUUCAUAUCUUCCAGACUUGAUUAUUGUAAUCCCUUUUUCUCUGGUCAUCCUACAUGAAGUCUUCAGCCCGCUCCAGCUAGAAUUUCAUCUUGUAACAGCUGAUUCUGCCCACUCUUCAGAAUUUUAAGGUUUUUCUUUUAACUAUAAAGCCUGGAUUCAGAACAGAUAAAUCAUUCACACACCUAUUAGGAAACAAGUGCAUCAGAAAGUAGUAAUACUCAACUUUUCUCAUUGUGGGUCUCCUGUCAAUCCUUCAGUUAAUUACAAAUCAGUUAGCUUCAGAGCAUUUGACUGCCUUUAUUCACAUCAUUAGAACCUAUCAUGGCACUAAUGCCACUCCAUCACCUUACCAAAGCUUACUGACAUUUCAUGUUUGUAAUACCAUUGAUUUAUUAUAUAAAACCUUUUAACGAGGUUGCGUUUACAUUUUUUUAUUUCCCUAUUGUACUGGGAUCAUGACACAAGGUGAUUCUACUUUAAACUUUAAAUAAAUUGAUUGCCAGAUGAUAA